AUGUCGUUGCACAUCUACAUUGCUCACACGGGUGAGCAUUUCCUGGCUGAUCCAGUAGCCUUUGCAUCUCCAGAUGCCUUGAGGUCAUGGAUUGUCCGCAAUACGUCUAUUCAGCCUCAAAGGCAAAUAUUGAUGACAGCUCGGGGAAAGAACGUGAAGAUUCAAACGCUUGCUACAGAGAAUGAGAUCUUCGUAUAUGACCGGCAAUACAUCAGCGAACCCCGCGACGUCGAAUUCCCGGAGCUUCCUCUACCUGAACCUUUCCAACCCGGUAGACCCCCAGCGACCCUCAAAGACCAGAACGACCUCCAGGCAUGGCGGAACCUCUACAUGGCGCGACGCAGCUGGGCAAUGGACUUGUCUAGUCGCUGCGGCUCUAUCGAUAGGAGUCUCCGAGACCAUAAUGAGCGGACCGAUGUCAUAAAUCGUGCGGUGGGCGUUGCUCUCGAGAAUCUCAAGUCCCAUGUGGGCAAUCUGGAGCAUCGGUUCCAAGAGGCUCAGUCAUGGGCGAACAACCUCCUCGAAGAGCAAAAGGCCGCCCUGGAUGGCUGGCAGCGAGCUCUUUCCACCUUGGAUGACAUUCCGGCUCGCAAAGACUUCCCCCUUCUUGGGCGUCCGUCCACACCGAAAAUGGAAAAGGAUAGACCAACUGGGACGCUCCGUGACUUUGUCGAUGUGGGCGAGGCUCAACGGGCCGGGUCUGAGGCAGAAGGCGUGUCAUCGGCCUUUGGAAAUAACAUCCAUGAAAUUGGAAACUCCAUCGCUGACAUCUCCUCGGAUACUCAGCGAUUAGUCGACGAGGCGUUCCCUUCAACCGGAGACAGUGUCGAUGGACUGUUGGAAGAAAUGGAAACAAUUGCCAAGAAGAUUGCCUCGGAUUAUGAGCAUGUUCUCAGUCUUCCAAGCAAUAAGAACAACUUGGCCAAUAUCUCCAGACUGGCAUUCAGCCAUACCCAAGACCUUCUUCCGUCGCUAUCGGAAAUCAGUAUUGAGCUUCAAACUGCGCUGGAGCAAGCCGUGCAACGUCGAGCGGCCGCUGAAAAAACCGCCAUUGAGCAUAUGCGCACUAUCUCUUUGCUUGAGUCCCGACUUGCCGAUGCACAUUCACGAUUGGUCAAUUUGGAUGUAGGUAGCAACGCAUUUGAUGUGAUCUACUCUGUUUUCCAGAUGCCAAUGGUGUAUGGGUCUAUUCUUAUUGAAUCAGUGCGGCGGCGGGAGUGGAGUGAUAAAAUCAAGACUGACUCACUGACACUGGCUGAGGAGAUGGCCAUAUUAAGAGACGAGGAGCAACGGAGAAGAAAGAAGUGGUUGAAAAAUAUGAGUGAUUUUGUUACCGUGACUGAUUCCACAGCCCCGGGUCUUGAAGUCAACCUCCAGGGCCAAGAUGAUGAAUGGCCGGAGGUCGCUCGGAAAGAGAUUGAAUAUUAUAUUGACGAUCUCAAGACAAAUCAUUCUUUGACGAAAGUGGCAGACGAUUUGACUCAGCAACUCAAAGAACUGGAUGCACCGAGCCGACAGCAGAGACGACGAGCCAAGGCAUUCAAACAGGGAAGUGUGUUUGACUUGAGUCGGAGUUCUAUUUUGCGCGCGGAUGACUCUGUCCGCAGCUUGCAAGAAGAAAAGACGAAACUUGAAGAGAAACUCAGAGGGUCAGACAGUCGGGUCCGAAAGCUGGAAGAUCUCCUCCAUCGCCAGAGUCAUCUCAGCCGGCCAUCAAGCGGCAAUUUUGGCGCACCUGAAUUCCCCAGUUCGCCGGCGUCUCCCCACCCUGAUGCGCUCUCAAGACGAUCCUCAGUCUCCUCGAGACGGGUCUCAGCAACCCAGUCCCCGGAAGACAAAGCGCUUGUUCAGCGCAUUGUUGCCCUCGAAGCAGAGUUGGCGACUGAGAGAGACGUCGUUCAAAGACUCCACAAGGAGGCCCACGCCGAGCGUCAAACUAGCUCUGACAAGUACCAAGAAGCUCAGUCUACCAAGAAGGAUCUUAUUGGCAAUCUCGAAGCCCGCCAGCGCGAGUUCGAGGAUGAGCGCCGAUUCCUGGACUCGGAACUGAAGAAAUUCAAACUACGCAACGAGGAAGUGGAAGAAGAACUUGAUCGACUCAUGGAUAGCCGGGAGCAUGGCAAACAAGAGACCGAUGAGCAGAUACACCAACUUGAGAUUGAGCUGCAAAACGCUCAUGACAAUGCUGCUGAUGAGGCACAGAAGAUUGUCGAUCUUGAUUCAAAUAUCGCUGGCCUCAAUGCACAGAUCAAUGAUCUCAAUACGCAAAUACAAACUCGACAAGACAACGAAGGUGGACUGAAGACGAGAAUUGAUGAGUUUGAACAGCGCCAAGCGGAGUUGGAGCAAAAGAAUCAGGACAACUACCAAGCCCUCGAGGCCAUCUUCAUGAACCUCUCUCCUGGAAGCACCGUGCCCGCCGAAAUUCCCGACAUCAUCAAAUCUAUUGAGGUUCUCUCUGAAGGUCUUUCGAUCCAUGCUCGCAGUGCAGAAACGAAUGCCACACAGGCCAUCGCCGAGAACAAGAUUCUUGAAGAACGAAUUGCCAAAUUUGAGGCGGAGGCAGAGGAGCGGACGAGAAACUUCGAAGAUUGCGAGGCCCAAUUGUCUCGAUUAAACGAAGAACUUUCACAGGAACGAUCAAAGCUCGAAGGAUUGACUGCGGAAUUAGACCAGGAACGCUCCAAGUUCAAUGCUCUGCAUGAUCAAAUAACUGCCGAAGAGGCUAGCCCCGAAGCUCUGCGCGAACAGAUCGCCGAAGGGGAACGGAAACACGCCGACCUGUCACGACAACUGGCUGAGUCUGAGAUCCAAGCCCAAAGUUUGAAAGAUCAAGCGGCAGAACGGGAAGGCAAGGCCGGCAUGACUUCAGAGACGGAGCAGCAGGCCGUGACCCGACUCGAAGCUCGAGGCACCAAGUCCCAUGAGCUUUCAAAGCAGCUCUUCGCGCAGGUCGAGAAAUUAGGAAGAAUGCUAGAGCAAUUGGGUUUCACGGUCAUUCAGCAGGAUGGCCAACUCACUGUUCAGCGCGCUUCCAAGCUCAGUGCCUCACUCAGCCUGGGUGAAAGCCUCGCCCAGUCAGGCAUUGUCUCCAUGAAACCAGAUGCAGGCCUUCUCAGCUGGAUGCAAGCAAAAACUUUGGAAGACGAGGAGACUCAGUUUUCGGCUUUCAUGCAAAGCUUGGCUCAGUUUGAUGUCGCCGUGUUUGGGGAUGUCGUCGUCAAACGCGUCAAAGAUAUCGAAACGCUAGCCCGCAAGUGGCAGAAGGAAGCUCGGGGCUACCGUGAUAAAUAUCAUCGAGUCCAAAGCGAGGCACAUGACAAGAUUGCUUAUCGAUCUUUCAAAGAAGGCGAUCUUGCUCUCUUCCUUCCUACCCGAAACCAAGCUAUCCGCUCCUGGGCGGCCUUCAAUGUGGGUGCGCCACACUAUUUCCUGCGCGAACAAGAUACGCACAAGCUUCAGGCUCGGGAUUGGCUUCUUGCCCGCAUCACCAAGAUCGAGGAGCGCGUAGUUGAUCUUUCCAAAUCACUUAAUAGCAUCGCGCCAGAUCGUCGCUCUCUCGGAGACGCUAGUGAUGGCGCCUCUCUAGACGAUGAAAAUCCAUUCGAACUAUCAGACGGUCUACGCUGGUACCUCCUCGAAGCCGUUGAGGAAAAGCCUGGGGCACCCGCCACCCCGGGUCUAGCAAAGAGCACAGUUGCCUCAAAUAAUGUCGAUGCCAAAGGCAGCAUUCGCCUCAAGCGACCUGCGGACGAAGGGGCCGUUCAAAAAACUCUAUCAAGGAGCCUUGACAGCCGUCGUGAAAGUGCCAACUCCAAACGGGGAACACCCACUCCAUCUCAGCACGCCAUCGAGUCCACAGCGGAUCUCGUCCGGCCUGCCGAAGCUGAUGCCGGCUCACAGCCUCGAGAGGCUGCCCCGAUCUUUGACGAGGUUCGCCGUGACCUACUCUCCGGCCCGUGA